AGAUUUUGAUUAUUCUACUGUGUGAAAUAUUUAAGAGAACACAUGAAAAGUUGCAUUGAAAUCUAGUUUGAUUUAUAUUCAUGUUAUGAGUGAAUUAUUAGAAGACAGCGAUAGUGCUGAUAAUUCAUUGGACAUAGCAAAUAAAGACUGGGAAAAGUUACGAAAUCAGCACGUUAAGGACGGAUUUAGAUCAGGAUUUGAAGAAGGGCAAAAUAGUAACACUCAAGAAGGCUUUGAAGCUGGUUUCGUUCAGUCAGCAGAAUUUUUCCGACGUAUCGGACAGCUUAAAGGGCAUUUGACCUUAGUAGCAUCUCUUGACCAAACCGUGGAUAUUACGGAACGCAUUGAAACACUAGAUAAACUCCAUUGCGAUUUGAGGACUUUAUUUGUCCAAAUAUCUGAAGAUUUGUCGAUAAACAGUGCACCACACUUUAGUAAUGGGCGUCGCGUGGCUGUUACUGGUUUAGGAUUAGUUACUUGUUUGGGAGUGGGUGUAAAUAAUACUUGGAAGAGACUGAAAAGAGGGGAAUGUGGAAUCACAAAAAUACGAGAUAUUGAGAAAUAUGAUACUAUACCAUGUAAAAUUGCUGCUCAUGUACCCAGGGAUGAAAUUGUAAUUGAUGAAUAUCUAUCUAAAGCCCAGCAGAGAAAUAUGACAACGGCAACUCAUUAUGCAGUAAUUGCAUCUUCCCAAGCCCUAAGAGACGCUGGUUUGAGUUCAAUGUCUGAUGAAGAGAAGUUAAGAGCAGGCGUAUGCUUAGGAAUCGGUUUGGUUGAUAUGGAUUUGAUAGGUGACACAUGCAAACUUAUGUCUGAAAACAAAUAUCGAGGAGUGAAUCCUCAUUUUUUUACCAAAGUUUUGGCUAAUAUGUCAGCUGGCCAUUUAAGCAUUAUUAAUGGCUUUAGAGGUCCAAACCAUACUGUAUCAACAGCUUGCACAACGGGAGCUCAUUCGAUUGGAGAUGCUUUCCGCUUUAUCAGAUAUGGAGAUGCAGAUGUUAUGAUUGCUGGAUCCACAGAGAGUCAAAUAACGCCUCUAUCUGUUGCAGGCCGAAUGCGUGCCCUCACUACAAAUUAUAAUGAUAACCCCACUCAAGCAUCAAGGCCUUUUGAUAAGAAUCGGGACGGUUUUGUUAUGUCAGAGGGAUGCGGUAUAGUGAUUUUGGAAGAGUUAAAUAGAGCUUUAAGUCGUGGUGCAACUAUUUAUGCGGAAGUUUUAGGCUAUGGGCUUUCUUCAGAUGCUGGCCAUAUAACUGCACCGUCAGUAAAUGGUGAUGGUGCACUGCGUUGCAUGAGAGCAGCUUUAGAUGACGCGAAAGCUCGAAGACGUGAUGUAGGCUACGUAAAUGCACAUGCCACGUCUACUCCUCUAGGAGAUGAGGCAGAAGGAGGAGCUAUUUUAAAGCUGUUCGGCUCCGAUGUUGCUGUUUCUUCAACUAAAGGUUCUGUCGGACAUUUGUUAGGUGCUGCUGGAAGCGUUGAAGCAAUUUUCUCUAUUUUAGCUUGCUUUGAAGAAAUCAUACCACCGAAUUUAAAUUGUGAUAAUGUCGCUGAAGGUUUAGAGAACUUAGAUAUAGUUGGUUUAAAAGCAAGAGACUGGAAAAGCAAGAAAAGACGCAUUUCCCUUACAAAUUCGUUUGGUUUUGGGGGUACUAACGCAUCUUUGUGUUUUGGGGAAUAUUUGCAUAAAAUGUAA